GUGAACUUCACUAUCGAUGAGAUCCGUGCGCUUAUGGAUCAUAAAAAAAAUAUUCGUAACAUGUCCGUUAUCGCCCACGUCGACCAUGGAAAAUCCACCUUGACCGAUUCGCUAGUUUCAAAAGCAGGUAUUAUUGCCGGUGCGAAAGCUGGAGAAACGCGUUUUACGGAUACUCGAAAAGAUGAGCAAGAACGUUGUAUUACCAUCAAGUCGACUGCCAUAUCUAUGUUCUUCGAGCUUGAGGAGAAAGAUCUUGACUUCAUCAAGGGAGAAAACCAAAUUGAGACUAAUGAGGUGGACGGCAAGAAGAAGAAGUUCAAUGGUUUUUUGAUUAAUCUAAUCGAUUCACCUGGCCACGUUGACUUCUCUUCUGAAGUAACAGCUGCUCUUCGUGUCACUGAUGGAGCUCUUGUUGUUGUUGAUUGUGUUUCUGGUAAGUUUUAUGUUUUCGAAGAGGUGAAAGACGUUAAAGAACAGCUUGGUAUAGAUCGAUUGCGAAAUCGAGUUUGUGUCCAAACCGAGACUGUACUUCGUCAAGCAAUCGCGGAAAGAAUUAAGCCAAUCCUGUUCAUGAACAAAAUGGAUCGUGCUUUGCUUGAGUUGCAACUCGGAGCUGAAGAACUCUUCCAAACAUUCCAACGUAUCGUUGAAAACAUCAACGUUAUUAUCGCCACGUAUGGUGAUGACGAUGGCCCAAUGGGAGCUAUCAUGGUCGAUCCAUCUGUGGGAAAUGUCGGAUUCGGUUCCGGUCUCCAUGGUUGGGCUUUCACCCUAAAGCAGUUCUCUGAGAUGUACGCCGAAAAGUUCGGAGUCCAGGUAAAAGAUUUUUCCGUGUGCGCUGCAACUUUCAAGGUCGCCAAAGCGUUUGUAUCACACCAUUGA